AUGUUUGUCACUUUAGUGGGCCACAUGCCAUGGGCCGAUCAGCUGUACCAUAUAUGGGCUGUAUCUGAUGCAGUGGGAACAUGGGCACUUCUCCGCACAUGGCGUGCACGCCAGGGUCUAUCACCUCACAAGGGCACGCAGAGAAUCUCAUCCUACUUGCUGAAUCCCUACCUCCUCCUCCCAUCACUCGCGCUGUCAACAUCCACAUUCGAAAAUACCCUCACCCUCCUUGUUCUCAUGUUCGCAUCUGAAGGGACAUCCCAAUGCCUCCAUCCAAGUUGGCUCAUGCAUUCCUCACCUCGCUUCGCCGCGCCCGUUCCAUGGCAGCCUCAAACGCAUACCGUUCCUCUUUGGCGCAGCAUGUACGAUGGCGGGCGGAGGCUGGGACAGGGUCAGUGCAUCAUGGGGCGCGAGAUGGUCCUAAAACCCACCAUCCCAGCCUCACACUACCAGACCUCACGCCUAAUCCGGGUCUCUGGUGGUGCUUCUUCACUGAGAUGUUCUGAUCAUUCUUCCUCAUGGUCUUCUCUACACGACCCCCUCUACGCUGCGUUCCUCCUCGUGGGUGUCCUGGGGACGUUCAAAGCGUACCUGACUCUCGCAGACACAGAUUUGUUCUUGAGCAUGAUAUCUCUGUUCCCUGAAUCUUGUUAUGGGGAUGGCGGGUGGUGCGGGGCUUGUGGAUGCGUGUUGGGCGGGAUGAGGAUUGCUGUGAGGGCUAGGGAUAAGGGAGGUGUGGUGGGAGGUGGUGCAACAAUGAGGAGUGAGGCUGGUUGCUGUUUUGCAGGGCCAUACGGACACGUUGGGUGUGGUAGAGUGAGCAGCGGUACCCGUAUUUAUGCAACAGCCGCAUCGGGGUUGUUGGGCAGCGGCUGGGGAACAGGCACGAUGGAAUUUGCGAGUCCAGCCGUGUUUGUAUCUAAAGAUAUAUGUCUACAAGUGAAUCGUCCUUAUAACAACAACGAACCCACCCAUCGAGUGUCCCCAUUCAAUAUGUUGACCGAUGCGAUAACAGCAGCACCCUCUUUCUCAUUCGACCCUUCAGUAGACGACUUCUUCAAUCUCGACAUACUCAACUCGGCUCCUUCAGCUUUCACAGCUUCAUCAUCAACUUCAUCCCCACGCAGCCCAUUCCCUUUCUCAACCCCACCACCUUCAACUGGCGCAGACGAUGACUUCUUCGCCCAAUUCCUAGACACUGACGAGUUAACAAAGGGCCCUUCCCUUUCAUCACUCUCAGUCCCUUCUUAUGACUUUUUCGGCGCAACUCAAGGUGGCGCCAGUGCAACAGGCUCAAGCCCAGAGAGCAUCGACCCUCCAACUCCCAUGUUCGCAAUAGACCCACAACUAGUCGGAACUCCUGCUACUUCAAACGACCAUUCAGACCUCGAAUCUGACUCUGAACCAGAACAAGAGCAAGCCCCGCCUAAACGUUCUCGCCGCGGUGCUGUCGCUUCCGGUGGCAUCAAGAAAUCAUAUCCCCCCUCCGAGAAAGACUUGAACUCUACCACAGGAAAAUCAAAGUCCUCAAAGGACUCUUCCCCGCUCAAGAUCCUCGAACCCGAAGACUGGCGUCCAAGUCCCGAAGAAUACAAGAAGAUGAGCAGCAGAGAGAAAAGACAGCUCAGGAACAAGAUCAGCGCACGAAACUUCAGAGUCAGGCGAAAAGAAUACAUCACAACACUCGAAGGCGACAUCGCAGAACGCGACCGCCUAAUCGACGCAAUCCGCUCAGAACUCGGCAGCUCCCGCUCAGAAAACACUGCCCUCCGCCAAGAAAUAUCCGCUCUCAAACGCUGCCUCCUCGACUCCCGCCAUUCCCCCGAUCUCCCACCCCCUGCAGAACUCGCUCUCCCCACAGGCGCACCCCUCUCUCCACCCGGUUCGCCUGUCUCAGUCUCCGUUCCAACACCCACAACUACGACACCCCUCAUCACCCCCAACACCCAAAAAGACCUCCCCACAUCCCCCCGUCUCGGCGCACGCCCGUUCUGGGGCGGUUUCGGCGGCAUGGGCGUCACGCCCGUCCACACAACUCUCAUCCCGCAUACCCCUGUGGGCGUCAAAGGCGUCCUCCAGGAAAAUAUCAAUCCGGCGUUACACCGCCCCGGGUCGAUUGUUGAGAAGACGAACAGCCAGCUCAACGGUCUUGGUAUGGGAAUGGGCACUGGACUGGGUGCAUUCGAUGCGUUUGCGGAUACGAAUCCGUUUACGCUCAAGACGCUCGAUGCGUAUCGGAUGCAGCUGUGGGGCAAGAUGGCGGCGCAGCAUGCGCAUGCUAAUGCUGGUGGGAACGGAAUGGGAAUGGGGUAUGCUCCUCAAGGACUGGCGUCGGGUCUCAAACCUGCGUAUUUCGCUUCUUCUUCUUCGCCUUCUUCGAAAUCACAACCGCAACCGCAAUCACUUGGAGGGAAGAGCCCGUAUGCAAGUGCUUCGCAUGGGGGCAAAGCGAUGCCAGUGCCUACGAGGGAGCAGGCUGCGCUUGCUGCUAUUGCGUCGCAGACGCUGCUUGGGAAGCUUGGGAGUGCAUUUUGGGAGGCGUUUUCUGGGUCUGGGUCCGGUAUGGGUCCAAGUGGAAGUUCAGGUGUGGGUGUGAAGAAAGAAUGGGACGCUGAGAAAGUGCGCAAGGUGCUCGAGGGUCGGGCGGUUGUCAGAGUCGUUGAUAUCGAGGAGCCUGUUUUGGAGAAGAGGGUGUCUGCGUUUGGUGUGCCGUCUCCGAUACUAAUGGAGAAGAAGCCAUCUGCGUUGGUUGUGGACACGAAACCGAAGUCGUCGUUGGAGAAGAAACCGUGUCCGAGUGCGUCGAGUGUGUGCAAGGCGAAUGUGUGCGAUAUUUUGGAGGAGAGUAUGAGGAGUUUGACGAUUUCGAAGAAGUAG